UUGCCAUGGCCACUGGUUCAGUAGUCCCUCUGCUCUUCCUUGCUAGAAUCUUUGGGCUCUUGGUGGCAGUGCUGGUCUUGAUUUGGACCUUUUCAUUCAGGUCCAGCUUCCAUCAUCUCUCUACUGAUGAGUCUUUUCCCCAACAAGACCAGGGCAUCACCUAUUCUGCUCUUCAUCCUUUGUUCAUGGUCAUUGGCUUUCUUCUCAUCAGUGGAGAAGCAAUUUUGAUACAUAGGUGGUUGCCCGGUUCAAGAAGUUUGAAGAAAUCAGUGCAUUUGUGUCUUCAAGGUGUGGCUUUGUGUUCUGGGAUCUUUGGGAUUUGGACCAAGUUUCAGGGCCAGAAGGGUGUUGUGGCUAAUUUCUAUAGUCUGCAUUCUUGGAUGGGUUUGGUCUGCAUUAGCUUGUUUGGAGCUCAGUGGUUGAUGGGAUUCUUGAGCUUUUGGCAUAGAGGAGAAGGGCGCACAGUUAGGCAAAUGGUGUUGCCUUGGCACAUCUUCCUUGGGCUCUACACUUAUGGUCUGGCAGUGGCUACAGCAGAAACUGGGCUUUUGGAGAAGUUGACAUUCUUGCAAACAAGGAGGAAUGUGUCUAAACACUGCACAUAAUCCAUGGUUGUUAAUAGUUUAGGGCUUGGUUUGGCCUUGCUUAGUGGCAUUGUAAUAUUGGCUGCAAUAUCAGCCAAGUACCAAACCACUCAAACUAAGCUCAUUUAUUCAGAUACCAAGAAAUGUCCCUCUUGUUAAAACAUUUUUGUUAGUGAAAUGAUCAUUUCUUUA